GAGGAUUCAGAUAAGCCGCAAACGCCCGCAUUGUUAAGGGCGACUUUAGGUGACUUUUUUGGCAAUUGUCCUCCGAAAUCGCGAGCACUUUCCCCAACUCGCCCAGUGCUUACCAUAUGGUCAACAUUUGGAAGAAGGCGCUAAACUGCUUUACUUAAAAAAAUGAUCGUACUUGGUGUAUGCCUUGGAGUACUUGGUGCUUACAUUGGAACAUCAGUUUUACUUACAAGAUUCCCAUUACUUCUUCACAAAAAAAAGAAACAAGCAUUUGUUUGCAAACACAUCAGUCACAGAGGAGGUGCUGGAGAAAACUUGGAGAACACAAUUACUGCUUUUAAACAUGCUAUUGAGCAUGGUACAGAAAUGUUAGAAAUUGAUGUUAACUUAACUGCUGAUGGUCAGGUUGUUGUGUCCCAUGACAAUGAAUUGGUGCGAACAACCGGUCAUGGUAGUAUGAUAUCUGAUUUUGCUUAUGAGGAAUUACCUUGUUUAUUGGAGAGUCUAGAUGUUACAUUCGAUUAUGGUAAAACUGUGACAUGCUGUAACGAAGACAGAAAGAUUCCACUCUUGAGAACUCUCUUUGAACAAUUCCCAACCAUCCCUAUGAACAUUGAUCUUAAAGUGUACAAUGAAGAACUUAUUGAUAAGACUAUUGAUUUGAUUAAAGAAUUUAAACGAGAAGAUAUGGUCGUACUUGGUAAUUUUAGUUCAAAGACAGUCAACUAUGUGCAUAAAAAGGCUCCAGAAAUCCCUAUUUUAUUCUCAAUCCAGAGAACGAUAUCACUGGUAGUGAUGUUUUAUCUUGGUAUUUUGCCCUUCGUUCCGUUGAAAGAAGACUUUCUGGAGAUACCAUAUCCAAGGCUAAUACUAAGACAUCCAACAGCGUUUCAAAGUUAUCGAACCAUAAUAAAAAUUGCAGAUUGGCUGUUAAUGAGUCCCGUGUUGUUUCGUCACUUACAAAGACGUGGCUUGCAGGUGUACAUAUUUGUACUUAACACAGACGACGAUUUCGAAUACUGUUUAAACAAACUUGGAGCAACCGGCGUUAUGACGGACUAUCCGACGAAAUUGUCGGCGUUUUUAAAACGGCAAGCUGAUGAAACGGAACCUAUUUUACCUUCAAAAGCCAGCGACUAAAAAAACUUUAAAAUUUUAUAGAAUUUUUUGAAUUUUAAAUUUAGAACAACACUACUUGGAUGUAAAUUUGUAUCACUGUUUUUAAUUUAUUUAAUUUUUCUUUAUUUCUAAAUAAUUUUUUCUUUAA